ACGUCAAGCUAUGUUAUUGACUUCACGCACCAAUAAACAUAUAAAGGUAAAGCGUCAUUGCUGUUGGCGGACUGGCUUUACAAAGUUGUUAUCAGAUGGGCGUGUACUAGUGUAUUUUUAAAAUACACAUUUUAUAGCUAGAUGUCUCCUUUUUAGUGUAGGAGUAAUAACGUCAAAGGAUUUUGAGGAUUGUUCGGAGUUGCGCGUUUAUUUCGAGUGCCGCAUAUUUGGUUGAGUUACUGUGUGAAUUUAACCGACGCGUUUGUAGUAAACGGAGAGUUGUGUAUUAUAUAUUUUGUUUAUUAGCUUACAAAAAAAAAAUGGCGAAGAAUCCUUUAAGCUGUGGAUCGCAGUGCAACAGAGUGACGCUUAUCAUCUUAAACAUCAUAUUCCUGCUCUGCGGUAUCGCCUUGUUCGUCGUGGGCCUCAUCUUCCGGUUUGGCGGCGACUCGCUUAAGAAGGAUGUCCGGGCCUUCUUUUCGGACAUCGACAUAAUUGGCUACGACUUUUACGAUCUCGUGGAGGCCAUUGCCAUUAUCUUCAUCGUUAUGGGGGCCAUCAUCAUUGGCUUUUCGCUCCUAGGCUUCAUUGGCGCCGCCUGUUACGUCCGCUGGGUUCUGAUCUUCUACGCAGUUCUUGUCUUCAUCAUCCUUGCUCUGGAACUGGCCGGCGUGAUUCUGUUCUUCAUUGUCAGGAAAGACAUGGAAAAGGCGCUGAGGGUAGGCAUGGAAGAAUCCAUUAAGAAGGCUAACGAGGGUCAGAAAGAUUUCAAGGAUGCCGCUGAGUAUAUGUUCCUCACGUUCGACUGUUGUCAUGUUACGGAUAAAAGACUUAAUUAUACUGAUGGGAAUACAUCAAACGAUCAGUGCAGCACCUCUAAAACAGAAUACGGCGUGGACUGCUACGAUUCGUUCACCACCCUACUGAAGCGUUACCAAGGUGCGCUGGUUGGCGUCUGCAUUGGUGUCAUGUGCAUCCAGUUGAUGAUCAUCAUAUUGGCAUGCUGCCUGUGUCGUGCCUUCGAGAAGCGAAACGCACAGCUUGUGUAAUUGUCGAUAACGAUAUCCCGACAUUAACAUGAACGGUAGCUUAGCAACGUAUCACGCGACUUACCAUGCCCUUUGCCAUAAUAUUGAUAUCCGGAUUUGCCGUUGCUAUGGGAACAGGAAAUUGAUGAUUUAUUAUUAAAAUGUCACCAACAGUGUUUCGACCGUUUCAUUAAAAGAAGAAAAAUUGGGAGACUAUAUCCCAGUUGAAGUUAUCACUAUGUGCCCUUUACUUUCGGAAUGUGAAUAGCAACAGGUAUUAUGUAAUAAGAUCACGUUUAAUGCAUUUAAAAUAACUACUGCCAAAUCAAAUAUCCAAUAUAUUUUGAACUGUUUGAUUUUUAUUAUUUCAUUUCAUACAGUAUCUUGACAGCGAGCAAAUAUUUUAAUAGUCGCACGUAACAGUACCUGCGCUGAAACUGACUGCUUUCAAAUUGAAACUUACACUAUUUUGCUUUUUACAUAUGAACAAUGAUUGCAUAGAUUAUUGUUAUGAUUGUGUUAAACAGCUCAUACAUUAUCAAUACGCUUUAAAUGAUUAUUAGUCCCCUACCAGUUUCACCGUAGUGGACUUAUGGUUUUGUAUCCGACCGUCCGUCAGUCCGUCUCACUUUUCUAAAUCCUGCGAUAACUCUAAAAGUUCUUAAUAUUUUUUCACGAAACUUGGAAUAUGGAUAGAUGGCAAUAUGGACAUUAUGCAAGUCAUUUCAUUUUGAUCCUACGUCAAAAAUUGUGGUUGCUAUGGCAACGAAUAGACUAGAAAUACUGCUGAAAAUUGUGUUUUUCUAGAUCCUGCGAUAACUUUGAAAGUUCUUAAUAUUUUUUCAUGAAACUUGGAACAUGGAUAGAUGGCAAUAUGGACAUUGUGCACGUCAUUUCAAUGUGUUCUUACGUCUAAAAUUCUGGUUGCUAUGGCAACAAAUAAAAAAAAUAUUCUGAGAAUGGUGGAAUUUCUGACAAUGGUGGAGCCGGUAGGGGACUUUUAUUGCUUGGCAAUAGUCUUGUAUAUACAUAUAAAUGUGUUAAUGCAAUUAUCUUUAAUAUUACAUGUAAUUAAACCGGUGUAUUGUUCGUUUAUUAGAUUUUGACUUGUUAUCAACUUCAAAAACAAACGGAUCAUGAAAAGUGGUUGAUAGUUGGCUUGUCCUUUACACGACCUCGUUUAAAAAAAAUUGUUAAAUUGAUAUGUUAUAAGUAUUAUUAUUACCAAGAUCAACAAAACCUGGAGCUGUGAAAAAUUAAUCAAACGUAUACAUUAUUAGAACACAGUUACACAGUUACCUGACUAUAAUUUUGGACAGUAAGCAGCACAAAAGACAAUACUUCGUGUGGCGUGUACAUGAAGGACACCACUUAACAAAUAUACAGUUAAGCAAUAUGUUACUAACACUUGGGUGAGUUACCAUAUCGAAUAUUCAAUAUAAAAAUGAUAAAUUGUAAAUGUACUUUAUGCAAUAAAAGUAUUCCAUCGAAAA